UGAUGGUGCAACGAGUAGCCAAAUGUAAUGUUGGUGGCUUUCAGUGCAGGCUGCCUCUCGGACUGUGAACAGUCAGGUGGAAGUGCUCGUAAAAGAAAGUUCAUUCCGUUUUAAUUGAUUUAUUUUAUAUCGGACACACUAAAGAAAGAACAAUUGUGUACCCUAUUAUUUGCAAGUAACAAUUUUGGGGUAAUUUCUCAAGAGAAAGCACAACUUCACCAUUAUUUAAUCACCCAGCUGUGGAUACUUACCGAAAAAACGUGUUUGCAAAAGUGAAAGGACAGAUGGGUGGGAGUUGAGAGAGACAGACAGACAUCCCCCUGCUCCUCCAUCUCUCCUGCCUGGACUUCUGCUCACCGCCCCCUCAGAGAUGUCGGAGGACAUGUGGGAGAACAGAACAGUCCCCAGCUCUUACCCCGACCUCCCCCUGUCUUUGCUACUAUGCAACGACACCCUCCUCAAUGACACCCUCCUCAACGACACCCUCUUCAACUGUAUCAACUCCACCAACAUUCCAGAGAUGCCAUUAGGACCCAGUGUAGCAGGGGUCCUCAUCCCACUCAUCUACAUCAUCGUCUGUGUCAUCGGCCUUGGCGGGAACAGCCUGGUCAUCCACAUUGUGCUGCACUACUCCAAGACGGAGUCUGUGACUAACAUCUACAUCCUGAACCUGGCCAUCGCUGAUGAGCUCUUCAUGCUGGGCCUGCCCUUCCUGGCUGUCCAGAACACCCUCCAGUUUUGGCCCUUUGGCUCCUUUAUGUGCCGCCUGGUCAUGACCGUGGACUCCAUCAACCAAUUCACCUCCAUCUUCUGCCUGACCGUCAUGAGCAUUGACCGCUACCUGGCAGUGGUCCAUCCCAUACGCUCCUCCAAGUGGCGGCGGCCCCAGGUCGCCAAGGUGGUCAACGGCACAGUGUGGGCCAUCUCCUUCCUGGUGGUCCUGCCUGUGGUAAUCUUCGCCAACGUCCACAAGACGGGCGGCACCUGCAAUAUCUCCUGGCCUCGGCCGGCCGACAUUUGGCGGGCGGCUUUUAUCAUCUACACGUCCACAGUGGGUUUCUUCUGCCCACUCCUCAUCAUCUGCCUCUGCUACCUGCUCAUCGUCUUCAAGAUCCGCAGCUCUGGCAAGAAGGUCCACGCCACGUCCACCAAGCGCAGGAAGUCCGAGCGCAAGGUGACGCGCAUGGUGGUGAUCGUGGUGGCCGUGUUUGUCUUCUGCUGGUUGCCCUUCUACGCCCUCAACAUUCUCAACCUGCUGGUGUCUCUGCCAUCAGAGUACCCGGGCCUCUACUACUUUGUUGUGGUAAUGGGUUACGCCAACAGCUGCGCCAACCCCAUCGUCUACGGCUUCCUGUCAGAAAACUUUAAGCGGGGCUUCCGCAAGGCCCUGUGUCGCUCCUCACGCAAGGUGGAGAGCCACGACCUGACAGAGCGCCAGCAGCAGCAGGAGGAGAGAGGUAGGGUGCUGAAGCCCCGAGAGAGCUUGAGGAGGGUCGUACGAGAUGAGGAGGAGGAAGAGGAUGAUGAAGACAGGGAGGACGUCACAGAGAUGACGGAGAUCUGUAGGAUCGCCCAGAAUGGGAACGAACAUCCUGAGAGUUCCCAGGCCCUGUUAACACCCAAGGCGCCAGCUCCAGGGGCAUCUGAGCAUGUGGCAUCCCCAGAAAGGAAAGCCAAAGCUGGUGACAUUGGUGGGAAAGGCCCAAGCUUGGGGCCUCCAGCAUCCCUGCAUAAUGGACACACAAAUGGGAGUGUCAAACCACUGCCAGAGGAGCCAGUGGAGAAGAACACCUCACUGGAGAUAAGCUACCUAUAAUGUAAAAUAACUGUCUCUGAAGUCAGUUACCUGAUGGAACUUGCAUUAAUAUUUUGUAGCAUUCAUGUAAUGUCUAUGGAAAGAGCUAAAGUGUGGCUCUAUUUAAAUGUACAGCGCUAUACACAUAUAGAGAAGAGAAGCACUCUGCAAGGCCAUAGCACCUUUCAUAAUGUAUUGCUACAUUUCUGAUCAAUGGGCUGAGAGCGUUUGAACUCUGCAUCAAGCCAAUGGAAUUUGUGUUACAAUGACUUGAUACUGCCUGUAAAACGGUGUAUAUACUAGGUUGUUUCUGAAGACAUUUGUACAAUUUCAAUCUGUGUUUAUAUGUUUUCCCACAUGAUCACUGUAUGUACAUAAUGUCUGUGCCUUUUUCCAAACUUAUCUGACAUAUCUGAUUGUGUUACAUUUUUACUGCACAAUGUGACAAUCAAUUAUAUAUAGAUGAAUGUAGCGUCACUUUUAUAUCCUAGUCAUUCACCUCGCUACACCUUAGCUGGAGGAACAGAGGACAGAAGAAAAAGAAGGCACCUUCUAUUCCAUGCCAACAGAAUGGCCCUACACUCUUAGAACAAGGGUUACAAAAAGGUUCCAAAAGGGUUCUUUGGCUGUAGAUAGCACCUCUUUUUCUAAGACUGUACCACUUGUUUGUUUAGAUUUUUGAGGACUGGGGGGUGCACAAUCAAAGGAGGAAAACAGGUGCCCUGAUUGGCAUUAAAUCAAACAGUGGUUGUAGAUUUUUUAGGGUUUAUUUUGCUUGUGUGUUGUGAGCCGUGGUUGUGUUUGUACUGCUGCUAUAUGGGGGAAGAAAAGGGCUCUGGAAAGAGUUGGCAACUUGGCAUCCGGUGACAGUGUCUCAUGUUACUGAAUAUCAAGGUGGAAUAUCUGGUGACAGUGUCUCAUGUUACUGAAUAUCAAGGUGGAAUAUCUGGUGACAGUGUCUCAUGUUACUGAAUAUCAAGGUGGAAUAUCUGGUGACAGUGUCUCAUGUUACUGAAUAUCAAGGUGGAAUAUCUGGUGACAGUGUCUCAUGUUACUGAAUAUCAAGGUGGAAUAUCUGGUGACAGUGUCUCAUGUUACUGAAUAUCAAGGUGGAAUAUCUGGUGACAGUGUCUCGUAUUACUGAAUAUCAAGGUGGAAUAUCUGGUGACAGUGUCUUGUAUUACUGAAUAUCAAGGUGAAAUAUCUGGUGACAGUGUCUUGUAUUACUGAAUAUCAAGGUGGAAUAUCUGGUGACAGUGUCACGUAUUACUGAAUAUCAAGGUGGAAUAUCUGGUGACAGUGUCUCGUAUUACUGAAUAUCAAGGUGGAAUAUCUGGUGACAGUGUCUCGUAUUACUGAAUAUCAAGGUGGAAUAUCUUGUGACAGUGUCACGUAUUACUGAAUAUCAAGGUGGAAUAUCUGGUGACAGUGCCUCGUAUUACUGAAUAUCAAGGUGGAAUAUCUGGUGACAGUGUCUCGUAUUACUGAAUAUCAAGGUGGAAUAUCUGGUGACAGUGUCUCGUAUUACUCAAUAUCAAGGUGAAAUAUCUGGUGACAGUGUCUCGUAUUACUGAAUAUCAAGGUGGAAUAUCUGGUGACAGUGUCUCAUAUUACUGAAUAUCAAGGUGGAAUAUCUGGUGACAGUGUCUCAUGUUACUGAAUAUCAAGGUGGAAUAUCUGGUGACAGUGUCUCAUGUUACUGAAUAUCAAGGUGGAAUAUCUGGUGACAGUGUCUCAUGUUACUGAAUAUCAAGGUGGAAUAUCUGGUGACAGUGUCUCGUAUUACUGAAUAUCAAGGUGGAAUAUCUGGUGACAGUGUCUCAUAUUACUGAAUAUCAAGGUGGAAUAUCUGGUGACAGUGUCUCAUGUUACUGAAUAUCAAGGUGGAAUAUCUGGUGACAGUGUCUCAUGUUACUGAAUAUCAAGGUGGAAUAUCUGGUGACAGUGUCUCAUGUUACUGAAUAUCAAGGUGGAAUAUCUGGUGACAGUGUCUCGUAUUACUGAAUAUCAAGGUGGAAUAUCUGGUGACAGUGUCUCAUGUUACUGAAUAUCAAGGUGGAAUAUCUGGUGACAGUGUCUCAUGUUACUGAAUAUCAAGGUGGAAUAUCUGGUGACAGUGUCUCAUGUUACUGAAUAUCAAGGUGGAAUAUCUGGUGAGAGUGUCUCAUGUUACUGAAUAUCAAGGUGGAAUAUCUGGUGACAGUGUCUCAUGUUACUGAAUAUCAAGGUGGAAUAUCUGGUGACAGUGUCUCAUGUUACUGAAUAUCAAGGUGGAAUAUCUGGUGACAGUGUCUCAUGUUACUGAAUAUCAAGGUGGAAUAUCUGGUGACAGUGUCUCAUAUUACUGAAUAUCAAGGUGAAAUAUCUGGUGACAGUGUCUCAUGUUACUGAAUAUCAAGGUGGAAUAUCUGGUGACAGUGUCUCAUGUUACUGAAUAUCAAGGUGGAAUAUCUGGUGACAGUGUCUCAUGUUACUGAAUAUCAAGGUGGAAUAUCUGGUGACAGUGUCUCAUAUUACUGAAUAUCAAGGUGGAAUAUCUGGUGACAGUGUCUCAUGUUACUGAAUAUCAAGGUGGAAUAUCUGGUGACAGUGUCUCGUAUUACUGAAUAUCAAGGUGGAAUAUCUGGUGACAGUGUCUCAUGUUACUGAAUAUCAAGGUGGAAUAUCUGGUGACAGUGUCUCAUGUUACUGAAUAUCAAGGUGGAAUAUCUGGUGACAGUGUCUCAUGUUACUGAAUAUCAAGGUGGAAUAUCUGGUGAGAGUGUCUCAUGUUACUGAAUAUCAAGGUGGAAUAUCUGGUGACAGUGUCUCAUGUUACUGAAUAUCAAGGUGGAAUAUCUGGUGACAGUGUCUCAUGUUACUGAAUAUCAAGGUGGAAUAUCUGGUGACAGUGUCUCAUGUUAGUGAAUAUCAAGGUGGAAUAUCUGGUGAGAGUGUUCAAUUUGCUUGAGGGCAUACCAAGGUUGCACAUAUCUGAUUGUUGUUGUGUUGUUGUUCAACACUUGACCCUCUGGUUUCUGUAACUCAGCCUAUAUAGUAUGCCAUUUGAAAGGUCAAGGAACAUCAGAGUUCCUAUACACUGAUUGUUUCUUUUAAGAAUGACUUUUUCCUUUUCUUUUGAAUGCUAUCUGGCAGCUAUGACAGGGGAGCCACAUUGGAGGCAUUGAGGUUGAACAGACAGAGGAUAUGAGAAUAUAGACAGAUAAGAUAUGAGCAUGAAUGGCUGAAAUCACGACAUUGUAGGGAUGGUAUCUACAAUAUCUGACACCUAGGUGAUUCAUAUGACUAAAUGUGUAAUAAAUGUAUUUGUUUUAUCAUAGAUAUUUACUUGGACAACAAAAGGAGCGCAGAAUGUAAGAAUAGUGGAUGUUCUCUUUAGAGGUCUAGUUCAUCAGGGGAAAAGACUACUGUAAAUCAUGCACAGACCAAGCCAUGAAAAAGAAACUGGUACUGUAGGUGCACACAGAAUAUGCAUUAUUAGACCGUUACACCAGAGUUAUCAUAAAGCCACAAACCCUCAUAAACCAAUUUGCCCAGUGGAGUGGAAGGCAUUAGGUGAAACCACACUGACCAACACAUAAAGUGCCUCAGUAUAUUGUUACACUCCACCAACAUUGUUGACUCUUGUGUCCCUUUCACUGCAUUCAAUGAUACAAAUAGCAGUGUAUUGUAGAAAGCAGUUAACUCACUUGAACAAUGCUACCUGAUCCAUGAUAAAUCAAUUUCCUCUGCCACCCCGCCGCUGCCACACUCCCACACACACACUCUCUCUCACACAGCUGCAUUAAGAGGUGUGAAAACAUCAUUAAAGGCUUAUGAAAAGUGAAUUGUUUCACUAAUGCCAUGCUUGCAGUUCUGCUGUGCAGACUUGUGACAAGCAGCAUACUGUGAAGUGUUGUAUAAUUGCCACUUUCCUGUAAAAUAUACACUUGUUUACUCGUGCUUGAGUUGUGUACGGGAUUAUUCUAUCAUAUGUGAUUUUUGUUUCCCACUUUUUGUGUGAUCUUUCCUCAGUGAAAAUCAGCGCAGUGCUUAUUGUAGAUGGAGGGGAGGCAAGCAGCUGACCACCUGAUUGGUCGACGGGUGGUAUCUUUAUGAAUCUGUGUGAUUCAUUGCCCGCUCUCUCCACCCACAGACGCCCACCUAAGUAUGAUAUGGGCACACAAAGAAGCAAACAGAAUCGCGGGUGACUCUGAUAACACUGAUAUUAUUCACUCUUUUUGGCAGUGGCUACUAUGGAAACACUAUGUAAACAGUGCCUGUAGCGCAAGGGUAAGAACACAACAGAGCCCUGAAAGUCAGAGAAUAGGCAUAGUAUUUAUCUAAUCCAGAUGUGCUAUUUGGUUUGGGAUUAAAUCUCUCAAUCCAAGGCCAACACACAUGCAUUGACAUGUUCUCAGCUAACUAUCCGUAGAGGAUCAUUCUGUGGCGUGGCCAUUGCGUUCCAAUGGGCCAUGCCAAAACACCAUCAGUGUUAUUGUGCCUCUUUUUUUGAUGAUGUCUCAAGCAUCUCAUUGUGCCAAUGCAAUCUGACAGUUUAAGCAUUGCUCAAAGAGACAACUGGGGGAUAACAAGUAGAUGGUUUGCUGAUGGUUUGUGGGAGAAGGGACUGUUCUAGCAGAUGAGGUGUGGGAGAAGGGACUGUUCUAGCAGAUGAGGUGAGGGAGAAGGGACUGUUCUAGCAGAUGAGGUGAGGGAGAAGGGACUGUUCUAGCAGAUGAGGUGUGGGAGAAGGGACUGUUCUGGCAGAUGAGGUGAGGGAGAAGGGACUGUUCUGGCAGAUGAGGUGAGGGAGAAGGGACUGUUCUGGCAGAUGAGGUGAGGGAGAAGGGACUGUUCUAGCAGAUGAGGUGUGGGAGAAGGGACUGUUCUGGCAGAUGAGGUGAGGGAGAAGGGACUGUUCUAGCAGAUGAGGUGUGGGAGAAGGGACUGUUCUGGCAGAUGAGGUGUGGGAGAAGGGACUGUUCUGGCAGAUGAGGUGUGGGAGAAGGGACUGUUCUAGCAGAUGAGGUGUGGGAGAAGGGACUGUUCUGGCAGAUGAGGUGUGGGAGAAGGGACUGUUCUAGCAGAUUAGGUGUGGGAGAAGGGACUGUUCUGGCAGAUGAGGUGUGGGAGAAGGGACUGUUCUGGCAGAUGAGGUGUGGGAGAAGGGACUGUUCUGGCAGAUGAGGUGUGGGAGAAGGGACUGUUCUGGCAGAUGAGGUGUGUGAGAAGGGACUGUUCUGGCAGAUGAGGUGUGGGAGAAGGGACUGUUCUGGCAGAUGAGGUGUGGGAGAAGGGACUGUUCUGGCAGAUGAGGUGUGGAUUUUGUACUCUGCCUGGUGGCUCUUUUCUUGAUUGUCAUUCUUGAAGUUGCUGUGUUUUGUGCAUCAGCAGGAGCCAAUCCCUAAAUGUAAUUGGAUUAAUAAAAUAAAAAGUUGCUCUGGAUAAGACCAUCUGCUAAGUGACGUAAAUGUAAAAUGUAAAAAUAAAGAUUUUGUGGCUGUGAAA